AAUUAUCGAAAGAACUAAUUGUUAAUAAUUAAUAUAUGAACAAGAAACAAUAUCGAAAUGUAUGAUUAGUUUGUCUAAAACCUUUGCUAUUGAUCGCAAAAUCUUAUCGGAGAUAACAAAAGAUAUAUUUUGUACACUCCAGGCGUUCAUACCGUCCAUAGAGCACGUCUUGAAUUAGACCAGGUCAGAAAAAUGGGCAGAAUAAAGAAUUACUUCAAAGAACAGUUCCAAAUCAGGAAGUUUAAAUUGGAACAUGACUCCUCAUACGACUUCUACGAGAGCUGCUUCCAGAACAACCGAUCAGCUCUGCCUUUAUUAAUAAUAAGGGGGCUCCUGUUCCUUGCAUGUUUAGGAAUAAUUCUGGUCUCCUUUAUUUUAACAUCCACAGUCCUAUCGCUAAGGUUUUGGCCAAUUUACUUAACACAUUGGGGUCUAGUGCUCAUAACGGUCGCUAGCGGUUUUGGGUUUGCAGUUUCAGCGAAAGCAUUCUACGGCGGACCUGUCGAUUCUGCUUUCGGCUUGCCGUGGUAUAUAAAAGCGUACUGGGUAUCCUACUCCACGGCUAUACCGAUUGCAAUAUUCAUCACAGUCUUCUAUUGGAUUUUCCUAACCAACGAUAAUCAAGAGUUCGCGGUGUCUUACGCGCUGGACAUCUUAAUCCACGCCGUAAACAGCGUCCUCAUGCUGGUACUUCUCUUCACCGCCAGCCAUCCCUCAAACCUGCUCCACUUCUACUUCGCCAUCAUACUAGCAGUCAUUUACGUUAUAUUUAAUGUCAUUUACUAUUUCGCUGGUGGCACUGACCCGUUUGGUAACGCCUUCAUAUAUCCCGUUUUGGACUGGUCUAACCCUGGAGUGGCUGGAAUAACGGUAGUUUUCAGCGCAAUCUUAAUCAUCAUCUUGCACAUUAUCGUCACUCUCAUGACAGAAGCCAGAGACGCAAUCGCCAGGUCCUGUGGACGAAACACUCGCAAGUUCAGCCUGUCUCAGUACUAGAUUCUAAAUUUGAAUUGUGCACUUUACGUACUUUUUUAAAAGUAUCCCAAAGGUAACGCGUCAUUUAUGAUAUUUAGUUCUGCUCACUAACUCAUGUUAGUUAAUGCUGAUUGUAAUUAUUGUACAUAGAAUUUUUUUUAGAUAAAUAUAAUAUUUAUAUUAUUAUU